GCUUGUCACAACAUUCACUAUUCCCAGUACAGUGAAGGGGGAUACUGUACCUACAGCUGAAAUUCAAGUAACAGCAGAAAAUUCAUGUUGGCUUUGAGAAGAACUUGUUCUAAUCCUAAUGAAGUGUGGGUUGGAGUUGUUUUUGUUAACUCUCUGCUGCAUAUCCUGGGUAAAAGCUGACACAGAGGAAGAAUGCCAUGAAUUUACUGACCUCAACAUCCACAAUUCAAUUGUUGGAACUGGCUUAGAGGUGCAGUUGCUUCUUUAUACAAGGGAAAAUGCGGACUGUGCUGGAAACUUAAAUAAAGAAAACUCGUCAGCUUUUAAUUACCUGAAUGUAACCAAGAAAACUAUUUUUAUCAUCCAUGGAUAUCGUCCAACAGGAUCUCCACCAGUGUGGCUAAAAGAAAUAGUGCAAAAAUUACUCUCCAUCGAAGAUGCAAACAUCAUAUUAGUAGACUGGAACCGUGGGGCAACAACAGUAUUAUACCAUGUUGCUGCUGGCAAAUCUAAGAAGGUUGCACAAAUACUGAAAAAUCUCAUUGACUACAUGCUGAUGAAUGGAGCAUCUCUUGAUUCUAUUUAUAUGAUUGGAGUCAGUCUUGGUGCACACAUUUCAGGGUUUGUUGGAAAAAUGUAUAAUGGAGCAAUUGGACGAAUUACAGGUCUUGAUCCCGCAGGACCAUUAUAUAAUGGGAACUCACCUGAAGAGAGAUUACAUCAUACGGAUGCACAGUUUGUUGAUGUUAUUCAUUCAGAUAUUGAUGCUCUUGGCUACAGAGAAUCUUUAGGACACAUUGAUUUUUAUCCAAAUGGAGGAAUUGAUCAACCUGGUUGUCCUCAGACUAUUUUAUCUGGAUCGGAAUAUUUUAAGUGUGAUCACCAGAGAUCAGUAUUUUUGUACCUGUCUUCAAUACAUGGGAGUUGUAACAUUGAAACAUUUCCCUGUACAAGUUACAAGGAUUAUAGUAUAGGAAAAUGUACCAAUUGCAAUGAGUUUUUACCCUUGAAAUGCCCAACUUUAGGUUUUUAUGCUGAUAAGUGGAAAGAUCAUCUUGUCGCAAAGAAUCCUCCAGGGACAAAGGCUUUUUUCGCAACUGCUACGAGAAAACCAUUCUGCAUAUUUCAUUAUUAUUUGGAUUUUCUUACAUGGAGUAGUAAAACAAGACGGGGAUAUAUUAACAUUAAGCUGAUGUCUGAAGAUGGGAACAUAACAGAAUCAAACCUAUCUCAGGAUGUAGCAACGUUUGAACAAUAUAAUGAAGAAACUCUCCUUGCUAAAUUUGAUGAAGACUUUGACAAAAUAUCAAGAGUUUUUGUGACAUUUACAACAGGAAGUGUUAUUGGUCCCAAAUAUAAACUACGAGUUUUGAGAAUGAGACUGAGACCAUUUACAAAUCCGGAUAGACCAACAUUGUGCCGAUAUGAUUUCGUGUUACUUGAAAAUAUUGAAACAGAGUUUUAUCCAGUCCCGUGCCAGCCCAGUAACAUGUAGAAGAGAUAUGAAGGCUCUUCACAAAUAGAACAGUAUGAAAUGUCAUGUUUGAUUAGAAUCCUGGUCUACAAUUGUAAUACUGUCAAUAUGAAAUGGACAUUAUGGUAGAAAUGGAAAAUAAAGGGACUAUAUAUUACUGUAAAUGACUGGGCUUAUUUAUCAAAGGUGAUUAUAAAUGUAAUAUUAAAGGGAUACUAAACACAAUUUGUUUCUUUAAUGAUUCAAAUAGAGCAUGCAAUUUUAACCAACUUUCUAAUUUACUCCUAUUAUCAAAUUUUCUUCGUUCUCUUGCUAGCUUUAAUUAAAAAGCAGGAAUGUAAAGCUUAGGAGGCCAUUUUUGGUUCAGAACCUGGGUUACGCUUGCUUAUUGGGGGCUAAAUGAAGUCACCAAUAAGCAAGCGCUAUACAGGGUGCUGAACCUAAAAUGGGCUGGCCACUAAGCUUUGCAUUCCAGCUUUUUAAAUUAAGAUAGCAAGAGAAUGAAGAAAACUUGAUAAUAGGAGUAAAUUAGAAAGUUCCUUUAAAUUGUUUGCUCUAUCUGAAUCAUGAAAGAAACAAAAUUUGGGUUUAGUAUCCCUUUAAAUACAUUUGUUGGAGAAUAAUAAGCAUAAAGUUUAAAAUAUUACUGCUUCUUGUUAAGAAGCUCUAUUGGAUAUCAACAUAAGAUAUACAAUAUAAAAACACACAGGAGGAAUGUACAAUUGUGAAAAAUAUAGCCCUUUAUAUGAGCCAAUAUUAUAUAUUAGUAAUGUACAUUCUAAAUAUUUAAUUGUACAUAUAAUACUUUAGAGUUUGAAGGAACAGUCUGUCUUAAUUUAAAUGUAAGACUCUCUGAUUGCACUUUGUUUAUAAUGUAUGAUUCCUAUAUAGUUUAUAUUUGUAAAUCAUUUUUAUAUUGAAUCACAAGUAUUGAUUAUACUUGGCCAGUAUUCAUGAUGAAUAAAGAUUGUGUUUCUUUUCUACACACAUUUAUUAACCAAUCACUGUCUUUACCAGUCAAAGAGUUUUGAAAUUGAUGAGAAAAAAAUGGAUGUUCUCACAAUAAACGCUACAAUUACAACUGCCAUUCUAUACAGAAUUAUUUCUGCUCAAAAUCCAAUAUUAUUUCAAUGGCAUAUAUCAUUUUAUCAAUAUGUAUGUCAAAUCAUUUUGAGUUAAAUGGGAAUACAAGUAGGAUAUAUUGAUAGAGCAGUUUAUUUUUAAUUAACUGUCCAAUUUAAAUGGAAUAUGACAUUAUGUUAAUGAUGAGCGUAAAUAAAUUAACUUGUGUGGUGCUGCUACCUGUGUAAAUACAGACAAAGCAGAUUAUUUGUCCCAAUAAAUGUAAAAUGUUGGUUACUGAAAAGAUAAACUGCUCUGUCUCUCUCUGUAUAGAAUUGUUCAAUUUGUAUGUAAUUGUAAUAAUAUCAUUUGUUACUAUAGUGUAAAUACUGCUGAAUACAAUUAUUUUUGUAUAUUUUUUUUAAAAAUUGUGGAAAUAUUUCAUUAAAUUAUUAAUAUUGAAACGUG